AAAAUCACAUUGUUUUGUUUUGAAGUCAUCUGGCUACGGGGAGGAAGGCAAGACACGGCGUGCGGAAGAAAGAAAGUUAGCUUCACCUUUGCAUUGUUUGUAACAUAACUUAAUGGCAUCACUCAACGCACUAGUGGAGGCAGCAAAGCUUGUGGAGUAUGAGAAAGAUGGCACUCCUACUUCUAGCAAAUCUUCUAAACUAAUUUUAAAUAAGUUUUGCUUGGAUGAUGUCGAUUCACACCAGAAAAACUCGAUCUCCGUUGCUAACACGAUAUACAAAUCGAGAUGGGAACUUCAAGAAGACUUAGCAUCAAGAAAAGGGAGGCCUGGAGGUUCUGCAUCUGAAACAACUGCAUUGGAUGAUUUAUCAGAUCUCAGUCCAAUACGAUAUAGCAGAAUCAGAGGCACCAGGGAGACUCACAACAAAUUGGAGAAGAACAGACGUGCUGAAUUGAAGAAUUUUUUCCAAAAACUUAAACAAUCUGUACCAAAGCUUGGAGACAAACCAAAAGCAUCAAAUGUGUCUAUACUGACGGAGGCUAGAAGAUAUAUAGAGGAAUUAAAGACAAUGGAGAAAGAAUAUGAGGUGGAAAGGACGCGCCUUCACAAAUGUCGUCUUUGCUACGAGGAGCGGAUUAAACUGCUGAAGGAAGACAUGCAUAGGCAGAACUUGCAGAAUCAACUUUUUGUGCAGGUCCAACAAGAGAAGAAACGUUCUGAAAGUCCGGUACCGGCAAAAAAGAUGAAAACAGUGGAAGUCCAGGCUAAUGAACAGGAUAUCAAAGCUGCGAUACCUGAUGCGGGUGAGUUCCACGAAAAAAGGGACCAAUUUGGGAAAGAAGUUCGCGACUUCUCUGGUAACUACAAUGCCCCCUUAUAUGAAAAGGCUGUAAACUUUAAUCACGAGACAAAGCAUAUUAUGGGAAAUUUGCCUUCUGAUUGCAAGGAAUUUCAAACAACAGGUGAGAAGCGUUCAGAGAAAAGUGACGAGCUACCGCCGCCAGACACAAAGAAACUAAAAAAAGAACUGAAGACAUUUAUUGAGGAUUAUGAUAGUGAGGAUGAAUUAAAAUUAGUUGUGGACGAUAAUCAGUGAUAUGAAACGAUAAAAUCGCAAGAUCGUGCGUGUUUGUGAACGAUAACUUGACUUUAUCGUAUAUGUGUGUGAAACGAUAAAAUCGCGUGAUCAUGCGUGUUUGUGAACUAUAUCAUCGCGUAAUCGUAUAUGUCUAUGAAAUGAUAGAACCUCGUGAUUGUGCGUGCUUGUUUUGUUAACGAUAAAAUCGCGUGUGUUUCUGUGUGUGUAUCUGUGUACGUCUAACAACAGUAUUUGCCCGAUUCACAAGUUAAAGAUCUAUUCGUCAUUCGAUAUAUAAAAAGGUAGAAAAACUACAGAUUAUUUAUUUUAUGAUUACCUUCAUUUUCACAAAAAAACACGUUUGCACUCGUUACCAUUCCCUUUAGCGUGCGUUGUGUGCCACAGGAAAUAUUUUAUGUUUGUCCAAAUGUAUUAUUUUUCACGUUGUGUUGUUGCGCACUUACGAAUGCUCAGUAAUUCUUUUUAUAGCCUCACUAGUAUGAGAUAAAUUUUAAUAAAAUGAUUUCAGUUAAAUUUAUGUAACUGAAACGUCUUAUAAAAUGCUUAAAGCUUUGAAAAUUUUAGUCAGAAUUGAGAACGUGCUUUUAGCUGUGUUCUAUAAAGUAUUCGUCUCGUUAUAGCAGGCAGCUUUUAUUUAUACUUUUUAUGGUUGUAUUUUGAACAGAUGUUAAAGCCACUCUUUUUAAUAAUUAUUUAUCAGAGCAUACUAAAAAACGAUGAAACAUACAAUAGAAAUUACACAGGGUCACUUGAACAACUUUA